AUGAACGAGGAUCUGGAUCAGAGACCAGCCAAGCGACAACGGUUCUUUGCCGAAGAUCCUGCUUCUUUAUCCAAUUCGAAUGCGGGGACUCUCGACGCGUCGUUACCUCGUCACUGCCCGCGCUUGGAGGAACACGCUCCCAAUGACGAUGGCAAUGUCCCGGAGACUCCUCCCCUUGAGGAUAUCCAGACACCUCGAGACACCCCAUUCGGGCCUAAACAACCUUUCUUGACGACGGAAAGCAUAGACGCUGGUCCAUCGGAGGCUCCAGCGACGACCUCGCCCCAAAAUGAAACGGCCCAGCGAGGAAUCCCCGAUACGACAACCCAACUUCCAAACUUGAACGGCUUCGAUGUGGAGCUAUUUACAGGUAUAAUCGGAGCGCAGCUACCUCUUGAUUCUCUCAAAGCGAUUCAGACUGCCGCUUCAAACAGCGUUGAACGAGCCGUCAACAUUUACUUUGAUGGGUCAUGGAAAAAGCCAGCAAAGACCGCAUUUCGGCCGAAUCCACCUCCCUUUCAAUCAAGCCUAUCGGCCAAAACUGAAGCAGGCGAAGAAGCGUCCGUCGCCCCCUCCCGUGCAGUCAAUGAAAGCACACCGGUCGAACAACAGACUCUCCUGCGAAAACAAUCGUCCUCGAGAUAUAUCGGAGCGUUUGGCGUGGGAGCAUGGGCAACGCGGAGUGGACCAGCAUUAUUGAAGCAUGGAGACCCUGUCAAGAUCGAACGUGCCAGGUCACAGCCAGUCACGAAGCGCGGUCGGAACGGAAAGAUGUUCACCAACAACAAGAGUGACGUCCUGACACGAUUCACAAACUCUGCAGGGCAGGAAAUCGGACGGCUUCCGCAUGAUAUUGCUGGAUGGGUAUCGACUUUGAUUGAUCAGAAAAUAUGUGAGUUUGAGGGUGUCUGUGUGUAUAUUCCCGACAGGGUUCGAGUCAACGAUACCAUCUACCUGCAGCUACGAUGCUUGUUCAGGCGGGAAGCCUUUCAGCAUGGCGCCUUUAUCGAAGCGGCCGGGGAUGACAACAGGUCAACAGGUCUAUUCGAGGAAAAGGAAAGCAUGGAGGAGAAAAGCCUCAGGCUUCGGCAGGUUGCUCUUGUGAAGCUUUUCCACGAAAUUGGCCUCCAACCAACUUCCCUCAACCCGACUACCGAAAAGCACAAGAAAGACGGGCUGCUCCGAGCUGCCGAGAUGGCCGAGCAGUACGACGGCGUAAAAAAGGAGAAGACGAAACUCACCAAAGACUCGAACAAAGACCCGAACAAAGAUCAGAAUGACGACUCCUCCGAAGAUGAAGGGGCUGAACUCGAAGAAGAUCAACUGGAUACACUGUAUCGCAAAGCGCAAUCCUUUGACUUCAAUAUGCCCGAGGCCCAGCCACCUUCUACGUUUACUAUGGACCUUCGAAAGUAUCAAAAACAAGCUCUACAUUGGAUGCUUUCGAAAGAGAAGGACAAGGAACAAGCUCGAGAGCGCUCGAUGCAUCCGCUCUGGGAGGAGUAUAACUGGCCAACCAAGGACGUUGACGAUAAGGAUUUACCAAUCGUGGAGGGAAUUGACCACUUCUAUGUCAACCCGUAUUCCGGUGACCUGAGUGUCGACUUUCCCGCUCAAGAGCAACAUUGCUUGGGCGGUAUCCUGGCGGAUGAGAUGGGACUGGGAAAGACAAUCGAGAUGCUCAGUCUGGUACACUCUCACAAGACCGAGCCGAAUCCCAACGUGUCCAGUGGAAUCAGUUCUGUCAACGACCUCACUAGACUUCCCAACGCUGCUGGCAUCGUUCCUGCUCCGUAUACCACACUGGUUGUCGCCCCAACGUCAUUGCUCUCGCAAUGGGAGAGCGAGGCAUUGAAAGCAUCGCAACCCGGGACGAUGCGAACUCUCCUGUACUAUGGUGCUGACAAGGCAGUAAAUCUUCGGGACAUAUGCUGCGAGGCAAAAUAUUCAACGGCACCCAAUGUCAUUGUGACCAGCUACGGUGUUGUACUAUCGGAGUUUCGCCAACUUACCCAGUCGUCCGUAAUGGCAAACCAUAACGGGUUAUUCUCCGUUGAUUUCUUUCGCAUAAUCCUCGAUGAGGCGCAUCUGAUCAAAAACCGUCGUUCAAAGUCCGCGAGAGCCUGCUACGAAUUGAAGGCGCAGCAUCGGUGGGUUCUCACGGGCACACCCAUUGUCAACCGACUGGAAGAUCUGUUCAGCUUGGUGCGCUUCUUGAAGGUUGAGCCAUGGAGUAACUUCUCUUUCUGGAAGACUUUCAUCACGGUGCCCUUCGAGUCGAAAGAAUUCGUCCGCGCUCUCAAUGUGGUGCAGAGUGUUUUGGAGCCUCUUGUACUCCGAAGAACCAAAACAAUGAAAACUCCAGAUGGUCAGCCCCUGGUACCAUUGCCAAAACGAACCGUUACUAUCGAAGAGGUCGAACUCUCCGACCAAGAGCGAGAAAUCUACGACUGCAUCUAUACCCGGGCAAAGAGAACCUACAAUGACAAUGUCGAAGCGGGCACCCUUCUUUCGUCAUACUCCACCAUCUUUGCGCAACUUCUGCGGCUUCGGCAGACAUGCUGCCAUCCGAUUCUCACCCGCAAGAAAGAGAUAGUUGCAGACGAAGAGACUGCGGCGGCUGCCCUCGACGCAGUCAACGAAAUGAAGGACGACAUGGACCUCCAAGAUCUCAUUAAUCAGUUCACUGCCGGAAAUGAGAAUGCAGAGACAGAGGACCGGUCUGUUAAAUUCACUGCUCAUGCCCUUCGACAAAUACAGACCGAGUCCAGCGGAGAGUGUCCUAUUUGCUGCGAAGAGCCGAUGAUCGAUCCCGCAGUGACAGCGUGUUGGCACAGUGCGUGCAAGAAAUGUCUCGACGACUUUGUUCGGCACCACAUCAACAAGGGUAAUCAGCCUCGAUGCUUUUCGUGUCGUGCCCCUGUGGAUGCCAAGGACAUAUUCGAAGUCGUUAAGCACCCGAUGACGCACACCCCCGUUGAGGAGACACCAGGCGAUACACCGAGCAGCUUGCAACCGGCGCCGCGUAUCUCUCUACGUCGCAUCAAUCCUUUAUCCCCAUCGGCACACACCUCUGCAAAGAUCCACGCGCUCAUACAUGGUCUGUCUCGCGUCCCGCCUGGGACCAAAACAGUUGUCUUCUCUCAAUUUACCUCUUUCCUCGACCUCAUCGGCCCCCAGUUGACCAAAGUGGGUAUUACCCACCUCCGCCUCGAUGGCUCGAUGCCUCAAAAGGCACGCGCUGCCGUUCUUGCGGAGUUCGCGAAGACCGAAGAUACAUAUGCCGACGACAUAAUCGAUGACGAGGACGAAAGACAGACGAGGAAUGGCCCGCCCUUUUCAAAGACCAUCGAGCCACGGCCCACUGUUCUCCUCAUAUCCCUCCGCGCAGGCGGCGUUGGUCUCAACCUCACGACAGCAAGCAACGUCUUCCUCAUGGACCCGUGGUGGAGUUUUGCCAUAGAAGCCCAGGCAAUUGACCGUGUCCACCGAAUGGGCCAAUUGCGCGAUGUUCAAGUGACGAGAUUUGUGGUGAAGGACUCCAUCGAAGGUCGAAUGCUUCGCAUCCAGGAGCGCAAAAUGAAUAUCGCAGGCUCGCUCGGACUACGCGUUGGUGGCGAUGAAUCGGAAGAAGAUAAGAAAAAGGACAGAAUUGCGGAGUUGAAGAUGCUCUUCGAGUAA